CCAAGUUCUUUUGUUUUCAAUACGGAGUUGAGUUGUUACUCGCUUCGUCGAAGAUCGCGAAUUCAUGCGACAGUGUAAAUAAUUUUUCACUUUUUGGCGCAAAAAAGCUUUUUCGCAAGCAACCGUACAUGUAUUGUGUCCCCCCCCCCAUUUCUUUAACUACCGGAAUGAAACCUGUUUUCCAAUGCUCCCCUCCCUCUUUUGAACUCCUAGCAAGGGGUUCUUGCGUUCAUCUCUUGGAAUUCACAGUUUAGCGUUCUCCGGUUAACGAGUCCAAAAAAAAAAACACUCUGAUUUAAGCCUAUCGCCGACAUAACAGAUACAAUAUCUGUUACUCAUAAUGCAUUAUUAAAAAUUUUGCACUUAAAACCUUUAUGUGAAAGAAGUAUCCACCAUAUCAUUUGUUGAAUUUCAAGAUUGUGUUGCCACGAACCUGAUGACAUGCUAAUGAGAAAAGCUGAUAAAUCGUCACAUCUUUCGGAAUAAAUUGGCAACAAAAGAAAGUCUUGACUUUUGAAAGAUCCACAAUCCCAACUUCCAACAUACAACAUAUCUCAAUGGAAUCGAGAACUAUGAAAUAAUAAAUUCCCCAAUACAUCUGUUUAGAAGUUUUUAAUGAUGCUAUAAUUUUUAUUAUUUAUUAGUGCAUAUGAGUGACGUUUGUUACUCACAUACAAAAAAAGAAAAAAAAAAGGAAUUUUUUUGUUAUGACCCAUGUUAUAAACUAUUAUUCCAAAAAUUGCAUUCAAAGUUUUCCCUUUUGAUUUACCAAAUGAAGAAACUUCAUUUUUGUCAUAUAUGGACAACAGCAUUUAAAUUGUAAUCACCGUGAAAAAUUUUUUAGCAAACUGGAAUUAAAGAGACGGCUCGUGCUUGUGCCAUACAGAAAGAAGUGUUUUAAAAAUGCAAUUUUCUUUUUGUGAUAUUUUCUCAGCUUCCGAAUUUAAAGAAACAUUUACUGGUGCAUGCUAAAGGGAAAACACUUACAUUUGACAUUUGUGGUACAGAAAAUUUUUCAACGGUCACAUUUAAAAAUUCAUUUAAUGUCGCAUACGAACGAGGAAUCCUACCCUUGCAAUUUCUGCAACAAAGUCUUUUCUAUGAUUUCCAAAUUCAAAAGGCAUUUACGGACGCAUACACAAGAGAAACUGUUUAAAUGCGAGUUUUGCAAGAAAGCCUUUUCCCAGAAUGGGCAUUUAAAAGUACAUUUGCGUCUGCAUACAGGAGAGAAACCGUAUACUUGUGACUUUUGUAGCAAACGCUUUUCGAAUAAUGGCAGUUUCAAAAGACAUUUGCGUACACAUACGGGAGAGAAACCUUAUACAUGUGAAUUUUGUAACAAUCCCUUUUCGGAUAAGAGGAAUUUGGAACGACAUUUACGGACGCAUUCACAAGAGGGACUGUUUACUUGCAAAUUUUGCAAAAAAGCCUUUACCAGGAUUGGGCAUUUAAAAGUACAUUUACGUCAGCAUAUGCAAGAGAAACCAUAUAUGUGUGAUAUUUGUAACAAACCCUUUUCGGAUAAGACGAGUUGCAAAAGACAUUUGCGUACGCAUACGGGCGAGAAACCGUAUGCAUGUGAAUUUUGUAACAAAUCCUUUUCGGAUCAUGUGACUUUCCGAAGACAUUUACGUAUGCAUACGGGGGAGAAACCGUAUCCAUGCGAAUUUUGUAACAAAAUGUUUUCGACUAGGGGGAAUUUAAAAGUACAUUUACGUAUGCAUACUGGAGAGAAACUGUUUACAUGCGAGUUUUGUAAAAAAACCUUUUAUCAGAGCCAGAAUUUAAGAGUACAUUUGCGGAUGCAUACGGGAGAGAAACCGUAUACUUGUGAUGUUUGUAAUAAAUCUUUUUCUUAUAAGGAGAAUUUCAAAAGACAUGUAUUGACGCAUAGUGGAGAGAAACCAUAUACAUGUGAAUUUUGUAACAAAUCCUUUUCUGAUCAGUGGAGUUUCAAAAGACAUUUACGUACGCAUACGGGAGGGAAACCGUAUGCAUGUGAAUUUUGUAACAAAUCCUUUUCGAAUGAGGGGAAUUUGAAAAGACAUUUACGAACGCAUACUGGAGAAAAACCAUAUACAUGUGAAUUUUGUAACAAAUCCUUUUCGGAUAAAUGGGUAACCCGAAGUCAUUUACGGACGCAUACACAAGAGAAACUGUUUACAUGCGAGUUUUGCGAGAAAGCUUUUUCCCGGAGCGAGCGUUUAAAAGUACAUUUGCGUCUGCAUACAGGAGAGAAACCGUAUACUUGUGACGUUUGUAAUAAACCGUUUUCAGAUAAGGGGAGUUGCAACAGACAUUUACGUACGCAUACGGGAGAGAAACCAUAUAUAUGUGAAUUUUGUAACAAACCUUUUUCGGAAAAUUGGAGUUUGAAAAGACAUUUGCGUACGCAUACUUGAGAGAAAACGUAAACAUGUGAAUUUUUAAUAAUGCAUAUUCUCAGCAGUCAUAUUUAAAAACUCAUUUGCUGUCGCAUACGAAAGAUAAACUCCACGUUUGGAGUUUUUGUGACAAACACUUUACAGCGUAUACUUUAAAAUUACAUUUACGAUUGCAUAUGGAAGAGAAAUCGUAUGUUCUCUAAAUUUGCAGUAAAGUGUUUUCUGAGCGGCGUGGAUUGAACUUGCAUUUAAUGAUCCAUUUGAAAAAGAAAUAGUAUGCAUGUAAAAUUUGCAGUGAACCAUUUAUUCAGCGUUCUGAUAUAAACGCACAUCUGCGGUGCAUACGAAAGAGAAACCCUACACAUGUGACACAUGCAAGAAAGCCUUUCUGCGGUAUGCUGAUUUUAAGAAACAUUUACUGACGGAUACGAAAGUGAAAUCGCAUGCAUGUGAGUGUAAAUACGGAUUUUCUUGUAUAUCAAAUUUAAAAGUACAUUUCCGAUCGCAUACGAAAGAGAAACCGUGCUCAUGUGACUUCUGUAAUAUAAUAUAUUCAUUCCAUUUCUUUAAGGAUACAUUUGCCGAAGCAUAUCAUAGAAAAUGAAUGAAGUAUACGCCUCUGGUGUUCAACGCUUGUUAAUGGGAGAACUUCACCACAUCUUAAAGAGAAAGACUUAUAAUAAUGAUUUUUUAACAAGUAUGUUUCAGGAAACACAGGCAAAAAAAAAAAAAAAAUGCCCUAUUAUUUCAGUCUAAUAUAUUUCGAUAAUCUCUUCUAGAAAUUCUAUUUUUUUAUGACAGUACAUAAUGCAUGUUCACUGUUAUAAUACAGACCAGUUCUUAUACUUAAAUGAAUAUUCCAGAUUUGCGGUGCUUUUGAAGAAAAGUAAAAUCUUGUUUAUCAGAAAUUAUAAAUAGCAGUUGAAAAUUUAAACAAUAUAGUUAUAAAUGUUCAGUAGAAGCACCUCCAAAAGUAUGAACAAUAUCAAGACGAUACGAUAACUCAUCCCAUACCCUUUCAGUUUCUCCAAUAUCACGCUUUGAAAGAAAGUCUGAAGAUAUGCACGUUUUAAGUUUAUGAACAUCAUUUUUUAACGGGGGGGGGGGCAAACACCUGCAGUUUGUUGUAGUCCUGGAAAAAAAUCAAAUCAAUCAUAUCUGCUUUGUUUCAGAGCUUCACACUGUGCAUGCAAAAAUGUGUGGAUGAGUUAUCGUACUGUUUCUAUAUGCUUCGUGUUGCCGGACGGACUCGCAUUAUAACUGUUUUGAAUUUAAAUUUUCAGUUGUUAUUUUUGAAUUUCGAUAAAUAAGAAGAUUGUUUUCUAUUUACAGACCGGCAAAUUUGGAAUAUUCUUUUAAAAUUACCUUGUAUUCUGCGAAACAUGUAAAUGAAUAUAUUUGAAUUAUUUACUUUAAGGAAAAUCAGCUUAUCAAUGUGAAUAUAUUUUAUACACAUGCGUUAAUAUGUUUCCAAUAAAAAUUUGUAUUUUAUUGAAAACUAUUGCAAAUUAAAAUACUUUUCUU